AUGAUAAAUUGUAAGAGAAAAAUACAUCGUCGCAGAAAUAUAAUUCAAAAACUAACAGAACUUUUACAAAAUAAUAAGAAUUUAUUUGUUUCCAUACAAUGCUAUGAUAAUAACUCGUAUGAAAUAUAUAAUAACUUAAUAGAGUAUAUAAAAUUAAAUUUGGAUUUGUCUGAAAUAUGUAUUAUAGAUAUUAUAAGUAUAUAUAAUUGUAAUGAUAUUAGCAAAUUUCUAAAAGAUGUAUUUUAUGAUUUUACAAAAUAUAUAAAAAGGAAUAAAAUUUAUAAAAGUGCUAUUAUUUUACCUUAUUUCGAUGACUGGAUAAAAUCCAUUAAAAAGAAUAAAAGCAAUACAGGGCAAGAUGUUAUAGAUGUUUUAAGAAGUAAAUUUACAAGUAAUGAUGACGAAGAACAAAGAAAAUCAUAUGAUAAAGAAAUACAUAUGGAUAUAUAUAAUACUAUUUAUUAUUUAAAAAAUGAAUUAUUAGAGAACUUAAAUAAACAAUUUUCUAUAAAAUUAAUAGGAUUUUAUAAAACUCCUUAUAUAUUUAAUAUGUAUGAUAACAUAUUUGAUUAUAAUUUAAGAAUUUCGCAAUUUACUAGAGCACAUAUAUUAUAUUAUAUUCAAGCAAAUAAAGCUAUGAAUAAAGCUUUCAUAAGAAAAAAAACAACAAACUUAGAUAUUCAUAAAUUAUAUAAUGUUAUGUCUAACAAAAUUGAUUAUGUAAAAAAAAAUGAUAACAUUAAUUUGUUUAAAUGCUUUUUUAAAUAUUAUUAUCGAAUACAAAACCAUGAAUAUGAUACCAAAAUUAAGAAAAACAAAACAAAAAAAAAACAUAAGAAAAUUUUGGCCACACACCAAAUUAUAUGGGACACAUUAAAUAUGAACGAAGUGGCUUUACCAUGUAAAAAGAUAUCUGUAUUUAAUAUGUUAACAAAUUUGAAGAAUUUCAAAUAUAUUAAGAAAUACAAAUAUUUCCUUUCUCAAAAGAAUCAUUUAAAAAGUUAUAAUAAGAAAAGAAAUGAAACACUCUUUUCAAUUUUUUUUUAUUUGCACUGGGAUAUAUCAAAAAAUGUAUUAUAUCGCAUAUCUAAAUAUUGUUUUUCAAUAGACUUUAUAAAGCAGUACAUUUCUACGCUUCUUAAAAAAAAUAUACGCAUAUCAAGAAAAUAUAAAAAUAUAAAAAAAUAUAAUAGGAUUAGUAGAUAUAACACUAAUUUGGAAGAAGAACAAAGUUAUAUGGAUAAUGUAAAUAUAUGUAAUGAUAUAAUAGACGAUGUAGAUAUAAUUGUAGAAGGAGAAGAUGAUCAAAAUGAAUGUAAGAAGAAAAAUAAAGUAAAUAAUCAUAAUAAUAAUAAUAAUUUAUAUAGUAAUAAUAUGAAUAGUAAUAAUAUGAAUAGUAAUAAUAUAAAUAGUAAUAAUAUAAAUAGUAAUAGCAUAUAUAGUAAUAAUAUAUAUAGUAAUAAUAUAUAUAGUAAUAAUAUAUAUAGUAAUAAUACAUAUAGUAAUAAUACAUAUAGUAAUAAUAUUCAUAUGAUGAGAAAAAGAAUGGUAGGUACACCAUAUGUUAAUAAAUGUAUCAUAAAAUGUAAUACUUUAAAAAAAGAUAACAAGUUGCAUAAUUUAAGGAAACGAUUUUUAUAUGAAAUAAACAAAUAUGAAUAUGAUUCAUAUAAUAUUUUUACGUCUGAAAAAGUAAAAAAAAAUCCUAUUCAUUUUUAUUUUAACAAAUUUAAUAUGCCCAGUAGUCUUUUAAUAUAUGGAACAGAUGGUGUAGGAAAAACAACUUUAAUGAAAUUUAUAAUACAAAUAAUAUUGUCCAGAUAUAAACAUAUUUUUAUGAAAAAAUCUUAUACUCUAAAGGAACGUGAUAUUAAUCUAGGUUAUAAUGUUUUUACAUCUGAUCGAAAAAUAACAGAUACAAAAUAUUUACCUAAAGAGUUUUCAUAUGACUCUUAUGGAAAAAAUAUUAUAGGUACAAAUCAUUUAAAGGAAUUAAACUUGAGACAAACAUAUAUAAAAAAAAUGAGAAAGAGUAUAAUGAAAGAAAUGAAAAAUAUCUAUUAUGAGUUUAAAAAUGUAAGUAUUAUUCCAUUUGAAAAUCAUCUUUUAGUUAAUAAAACCAUAGGUGAAAAUACUAAAUAUAUUAAAAAUAUUUUUUAUGUUGCUUAUAAAAAUCAACCAUCCGUAAUAAUUUUUGAUAAUAUCGAUUUAUUUUUAGAGAAAAAUAACUAUUAUAAACAUCAAGACCUUGAGGAUCAAAAUCAAGAUGUAUAUAAAAAUAUAUAUAAUUUGUUUAUACAUUAUUUAAGUAUAUACAUAAAUGAUUCUAAUAAAAUUAAAUUUGUUGCCACUACACGUGUACAUCCAAAGUAUUUUAAAUUCUCAUUUUUAAACAAGAUAGAAAAAAUUAUGUUUUUAUCUUGA